UCACACUUGAUGCGCUCAUCCUUGACACCGCAUCCAAACGCAAGCUGCGUUCCUUCCUUGCUGGAAACGAAGCCUUGGCGGCCCUUGUCCGUUGUUGAAUUUCAAGGAACUUCUGAGCUAGAUUAGUGGAGUAAAAUGGCGGCCAUGUCUGACGUGGUUGCGGUGUGGGAGGUGGCACUGAGCGAUGGCGUACACAAGGUCCAGUUUGAACACGGCACAACCACGGGCAAGAGAGUCGUAACCGUCGACAACAAGGAAUUGUUGCGGAGAAACUGGAUGUUCAAGCUGGUGGGAAAAGAGUCCUUCACAAUAGGCAAGGGUCACAAGGCGGUUAUCUUCAUUGAGGCCGUCAGCGGGUUUGCGUACCAGUACACGCUGGACGUUGACGGGAAAUCGCUGGAGAAAUUCAUCGAAAACCGAUCCAAGACCAGCAAGACCUGGACACUAACCCUGGACGGUGUAGACACCAGAAUUGUACUCGAGAAAGACACGAUGGAUAUCUGGUGUAAUGGCAAACAGAUGGAAACUGCGGGUGAAUUUGUUGACGACGGCACAGAAACCCACUUCACUGUUGGCAACCACGGCUGCUAUGUCAAAGCUGUCAGCAGCGGGAAAAGAAAAGAUGGCAUCGUUCACUCACUUAUCGUGGACGGAAGUGAGAUACCUGAGGCCGUGGAGUGACCUUGGGAUAAAAAAUGUUGAGAUACUUUGUGUCUGACCGUAUCACAGUUUACCAUCAGGUUGGUCGCCUCCAAAACUUGCGAAAUGUAAAUACUAGAAAUGGCUAAAGGAGAAUAAAUAAUUUGCCAAAAGUACUGGUCAU